UCCUCCUUCUUCUUCUUCCUCCUCCGGCGGCUCUUCUUCUUCUUCACCAUGGGCUUCGGUGACCUGAAAUCCGCCUCCGGCCUCAAAGUGCUGAACGGCUUCCUGUCGGAGCGCAGCUACAUAGAGGGGUACGUCCCGUCUCAGGCAGAUGUUGCCGUCUUUGAGGCGAUCUCAGCGGCGCCCCCGGCCGACCUGUGCCACGCCCUCCGCUGGUACAACCACAUCAAGUCCUAUCAGAGCCAGAAGAGCAGUCUUCCAGGUGUGAAGAAGCCUCUGGGUCAGUACGGCCCCGCAGGUGUGGCCGACAGCACAUCUGGCUCCGCCCCCGCCAAGGAGGAAGAUGACGACGACAUCGACCUGUUCGGCUCCGACGAGGAGGAAGACGCAGAGGCGACCAGGCUGAAGGAGGAGCGUCUGGCUGAAUACGCCGCCAAGAAGGCAAAGAAGCCCGCCCUCAUCGCCAAAUCCUCGAUCCUAUUGGACGUCAAGCCGUGGGACGACGAGACGGACAUGUCCAAGCUGGAGGAGUGUGUUCGCAGUAUUCAGAUGGACGGGCUGGUCUGGGGACAGUCUAAACUGGUCCCAGUUGGUUACGGCAUCAAGAAGCUGCAGAUCAACUGCGUGGUUGAAGACGACAAGGUGGGAACAGACAUCUUGGAGGAGCAGAUCACAGCUUUUGAGGACUUUGUUCAGUCGAUGGACGUCGCUGCUUUUAACAAGAUCUGAAAACACACAUCACACGAAUAAAAAGCACUUCAACAGAAAAA